CUUCUUCAGUACGUGGGACCACAGAGGUGUAUUCUGGAGAAGCAGCGCAAAGAGGUGGCAGGAGCCGCUCGAGCUGAUGAUGGGAGCUAGAUAGGAAAGCUCGAUUUUUCUUCACCGGGGAGCUGGGCUAAGGGUUAUGGGGAGGGUGGGGGUCCCGCCCUGCCCGCUCCUCCCUCCGAUGUUGCCCAGCUUUCUGGGGCAAGCAAAAGACAGCAACAAAGCGAGUGCACAGAGCAGGAGGUCUAGAUCCAAAGCGGUGCGCAGCGGAUGAUGACGGGAGGUGCGGAACGCGACCAGACGAAACGUAGACGGAACUGCACGUGCUGAGCAACCAAUUGACGCCACUCACAAAGCCUAUGGAAAACUUGAACAGUCUGAAAACUCUGGAUGUUGAGUGGACUCGGCGACCACCUUUGGUGGGAAAGUAGCUGAUCUGGUUCUUUGAUAUGAAUAACAUAAAGUUGCUUUUGUACUGUUUGGUCUGAGCUACUUCUGUUUGCUUUUUUCAUCUGGAUCUUAAAUACAUGGCACGGGAACAGUAAAGUCAUGAACCGGGAUACAGCGGUGCAAGGAUCUGGGGGGAAUGCCGUCCAGACCCUGAUGAAUCGAGGGGGAGCCACGCCGUGCCCCGCUGCAGGAUUCCAGGCUGCCGGUUCAAGAGAAGAACCGGUACCAAGCUCGAACGAAGAAGGAGUCCAACCCGCAGUCAACCCGGAUCAUUUGGACAAGCAGAACGGAGCGGUUCCGGGUGAAAAACGGAUGUUCUCCAGCGUACUGUCCGGGAUCAGAGACAGUCAUGCACAGAACCACUCGGAACCUCCGCCGACGAACCCUGUGUUAGUCCCACCGCAGCAGGGUCCCACCGGUCAUCGGACUACCUCAUUCUCUGUCUUGGACAUUCUGGACCCCAACAAGUUCACGAGCAGUCGGCGAGUCCAGCUCCAGCCGCGCCGCCUGCACUCGGAAGAGCCCAAUGUCGUUGAGCAAGGCGCACGAGACAUCCGGAAAGGCUCCGCUGCAGGGGAAUGCCAAGCGGGCCUGCAGGAGCCCGAUCCUGCAACCUACGGCGUACACGAAUACCAAAGCAAAAACUUUGUGUACAGAAGUCCAGAUGAGGAUGACCUCAACAGAAAUGGUACCCCAGUUUCAGAGGCACCAGAUGGUUCAUAUAGCAGUGAGGAGAUCAGUUCAGCACUGCACUUUAGUGAGGACAGAGACGUCAACCAGCAGAGCCUCCAGGACCUGAACAAACAGACAAAGAGUCCCAGAAGAGGCUCUGCUGGCCAGAUCACCAAUGUGCAGCCCAAUGGGGGCCAGGGCCCACAAGGAAAGCCUAAGAGAAAACGCUCAGGCUCAGACUCAAAGUCAGGGAAACCCCGCAGAGCUCGUACUGCCUUCACCUACGAGCAGUUGGUUGCACUGGAGAACAAGUUCAAGUCUACAAGGUACCUGUCUGUGUGUGAGCGGCUCAACCUGGCACUGUCGCUCUCGCUCACUGAGACACAGGUAAAGAUCUGGUUCCAGAACCGCCGGACAAAGUGGAAGAAACAGAACCCUGGUGCAGACACUUCGGCUCCCACCGGUGCAGGAGGUGCAGUUGGUACUGGAGGAGGAAUAGGAGGUGCUCUAGGAAACCUUAGUCCACUCAGCCCAUCACCUCCAAUCAGUGGGCAUCUAGGCAUGCACACAGGCUAUGCACCAGGCCACCAUCACCCUUCUGCAGGCAGCCUGGUCCAGCUGCCUUUCCUCACUACCAGCCACGUUCUGUCCCCAUUUAUGUUGGGGGGACAGAGCUAUGCUGCACCUGCCUUCUAUAGCUCCCAUGUGUAGACACAGAGAUACACACAUGCACACACUGAGCCAAGAGAUUGACAUAUUUCAGUAUAUGAAUACAUUUAUUCAACUCAGCUUGAGUUUUACAUUUCUGUAACAUUUUUUUUUGACGGAUCAUUUUGACUGAAUGUCAAUCUCAAUAUAAAAGUGGAACUAAUUCUAAUGCUCCAGCUUCAUAUUCUGAAUGCUGUUAAACUAAGGUAAGCAAAUAGCUGAUCUGUCCUUAAAUCUGUUUGGAAACUGAAUGUUAUACGUAUAUGACCAAAGGGAUUGCCCGAUCUAUUAUAAGUACUGUGUAGCUUCAGCAGUGAGUGUUUUUGUUUGGCUAUUUUGGCCAUGAAGCCAUGGGUGAACUGAUACACGGCUCAUAUGGUAAUGUCUUUGAUAAUAAACAGUGAAUAAUAACAAAAGCUGGUCAGUGUGUAUGUCUAAAAUUUCAAACAUUCAUUGUUUAGAAUAUAGGUGACAUAUUAUGGAAAAUUAAUUUUAAGUAAAGGGCGGCACUCUGAAGCAGUGGUUAGCAUAUCUGCCUCACAGUUCUGAGGACCAGGGUUCA